AUGACUAAAACUUAUCUCAUCACUGGUGCUAACCGGGGCAUUGGAUAUGCCCUCACCGAAGAAUUAUCUAAGCGGUCCCAUACCCAGAUUAUUGCAACUACUAGAGAUGCUCAAAAUUCAAAUGAACUUGUCCAAUUGAAGGAGAAAACUGGAAAUAUUGAUAUUAUUGAGCUCGAUGUUAGCUCUGAAGAAAGUAUUGACGGCUUGGACGAUCAAUUGAAGGAAAUUGCUAUAGACGGAAUUGAUGUCUUCAUUUCCAAUGCUGGGAUUUCGCAGGGAAAGUACUCAGUAAAGGAUGCACCUCGGGACAUUUGGUUAAAACAUUACAAGACUAAUGUUUUGGGGCCAAUAUUUGUCUUCCAGAUCUUAUACCCAUACCUUACUAAAAAGGAGACAAGACAAAUUGUUUUCGUCUCAAGCUUAGCUGGUUCAAUGGGCCAGUACAUCCCAUUUUCAAGCUCUGCUUAUGGACAAUCUAAGGCAGCAUUGAACUACACUGCAAAGGAGAUUAGCAGUGAAUUAGAAUCCGAAGGUUUUACAGUUGUGUCUAUGCACCCUGGACUGGUAGUAACAGAGGCAGCUAAGCCAAUUUUUGCAAAACUUGAUGCAAAGACUCUUGCUGUUUUUGAACAACUUAAAAUAACUCCUAUAGACCCAGAAGAGAGUGCAACAAAGCAGCUUGAAGUUAUUGACAAUUUGACCAAAGAAUCGAAUGGUAAAUUUAUUAAGUAUGAUGGGACUGAGCUCUUAUAUUAA